AGUUUACAAGCAGUCAAAGAAAAAGAUACACAACAAGCAAAACAAAGGAAAACUAUACAAAGGCAGAAGCCCAAAAACGACUAGCCGGGAGGGCGCGAGUGCAGGGGCAGACUCCGGUGGUCCUUGGUGCCGGUGAGCUAUCCGGCCACCACCCACCAGGGAGAGAACAUCCGGAGUCGCUCCAUUAACGAAGCCUCCAGGAAAUACUUAACAUGGUGAUGAUGACAAGCGACCUGGUCCCUUUGGCCGGCAAACCAGCUUUUGAAAGCAACAACUUGCACAAGCACGCGUACGGGCAGCUAGCUUACUGAUUGUGGCAAAGCAUCCCCAGGCCUCGCCCACGGAUUUGCAUUCCGGAACAGAACACAGCGACCUUUCAACAUUAAUUGACUACUCGGUUCAGUCAGCAGUCAUCCUUUGCCCCCUCGAUCCGUUUGUUCGGUGAAAUUUCCACACACAUACACAUUGAUACACGACGAGACGGGAGGCCAGAAGUACUCCAAAGCUCACAACACACGCGCCACCUCUACUUGCUGAGGCUCGAGCUAGUUACAGUCAUGUUCGUUGCAAGCAGCGGCCGGUGCCCUUCAGUUCAGCUUCUCCUCCUCUAUGCCGGCUGCUUCCUCCUCGGCAUAUUGCCAUUUGAUGCUCCUCGACAUGCGGCGGUGGCGCCACCCGUCUCCUUCAGCUUCGACUUCUCGGACUCAUCCACGUUCAACCCGCAGGACCUCCGUCUGCAGGGCAACGCGAAGCACGGCUUGGACGGUAAACUCGUCGACCUCACCUGCAACUCUAUUGCUUCCAUCCAAAACUGCACGGGGCGGAUGUCGUACGCGCACCCGGUGCCGUUCUACGACGACGCCACCGGCGUCGUGGCCAGCUUCGCCACGCGGUUCGCCUUCAGGGUCAUUCUCCCUGCCCAAGGAAGCAGGGUCAAGAAGGGGGACGGCAUGGCUUUCUUCCUCACCGGCUACAACUCAGCAAUACCACCCGACUCAGACGGCGGCGGUCUCGACCUCAUGAACCGUGGCCUUGGCUUGGCCUACGGCGCAGACCGGUUUGUCGCCGUCGAGUUCCACACGUACAACAACUCCUUCGAUCCCCAGGACUCCUGGGAUCACGUCGGCAUCGACCUCAGCUCGGUGAAAAACCGGGCUAACGGCAACGUCACGAGCUUGCCCACAUUCAGCCUGAAUGGGACCAUGACGGCAUCCAUCAGUUUUAACGGCAGCACCCGGAGGUUGGUAGCCAGCCUGCACUUUGAUGACCGUCCUUCUGUGCAGCCAGUUGAGGUCAGCGCACAAUUACCUGAACCCAUCACGGCCUUGCUCCCGCCAGACGUGGAGGUGGGCUUCUCUGCGUCUACCGGCAAACAGGUGGAGCUUCACCAGAUAUUGUCCUGGUCCUUCAGCUCCACAGAGAAACGAGGACGUGAUUCCCUUAUGGCGGGGGCUGGCCAAAGGCGUUUCCGGUACCGCGAUUUGGUUAAUGCAACCGACAACUUCUCUGAGAAGAGGAAGCUCGGCAAGGGUGCAUUUGGCGCAGUGUAUCUGGGGACAUCCCUGAAGGGCCAGGAAGGCCAGGUGGCUAUCAAGAAGAUCUUCAAGGGGUCACUAGGAGGACCCAAUAACUUCCUCGACGAAAUCAAAACCAUUAGCAAGACAAAGCACAAGAAUCUUGUCAGCCUGGAAGGUUGGUGCUGCUGCAGCAGCGGAACCUGGAACUUGAUGUGUUGGUGCUGCCAGAAGCAGGAUCAUCAUAAGAUCUUCCUUGUCUAUGAACUGGUUCCUCAGGGCAAUCUCCACGAUCACCUACACAAGGAGGAUACAGUUCUUCCGUGGCACACCAGGUACAAAAUAGUGAAGGGAAUUGGGUCGGCUCUUCUUUACCUCCACCACGAGUGUCAUCCAUACAUCCUGCACAGGGAUAUCAAGCCCGAGAACAUACUCCUGGACAACGAUUACAAUGCUAAGCUUGCCGACUUCGGGCUGUCGAGGAUCGCCAACCACAACAACGCCACCGUGGUGACCGACGCCGUGGGGACAAGGGGAUACAUGGAUCCACAGUGCAUGAAAGCAGGCAAAGUCAGGUUCAACCGUAGCACCGACGUCUACAGCUUUGGGAUUGUUCUGCUGGAGAUUGCCUGCAAGUGCGACAAGUCGAGGGAGGGAGUCUGGAAUCUGUAUAGCAACGAAGUUGCGGAGCACAUGGUGGAGGCCGCGGCAGAUGAAAGGUUAGGCGGCAACUUUGACCGGGCGCAGAUGCAUCGUGUGCUUGUCUUGGGCCUCUGGUGUACUCUCCCUGAUGGUACACAACGGCCUUCGAUGCAGGACGCAAUGCGAUUGCUAGAGCACGAUAACACACCAUUGCCCGACCUUGCAUCGCCAGCCGGUGGCUCUUCUACUUAAUCCUCCGAUGGUUAUUCAAUGUAGGUGCAUGUUUAAUAAGUUGGUUAUAAUUCUUCAUACGCUCCUAGACUUAUCUAUCUCACGUAAAAAAAAGUAUCAAUUAAUGUGUAAAAAAACGAAGUAUCAAUGAAUGUAUGAACAAAUAGACAUCUAGCAUGCAUGUUUGAACAACUAUAUGAAAAUAGAGCCAAGGCUCAGUGGUUAGGCUUGCAGUUGGGCUGCCUGACUACUCGCA